CGUAACGAAUCGAUAGCUUAGCUCGGUUCGGUAUUCUGUAAUGACAUUCGGCAAAAGUCGUAGCUGCCGAAAUUGAAACCGAUCUCAUGACGAUAACGCGAAAUCAAAGGUCGCGUCAUCAUAACGAAAAGCCCGACGAUGCCUCCAAUUGGUUGGAUAAUGUCAAGUGGCUAACUCAGAAAUGUCAGAUUUUUGAAAAUCUACAUUUGAGUAAUCUCAAAUUUCAAAAUAAGAAGCAGAAAAAAGAACGAAAAGAAGAUUAUUCACACUAGUAUUCAGGAAUAGAAGGUUGGAAAAAAAAAGUAUAUUUAUAAGCGCUUUUAUGGUAUAAUUAUUCAUUAAUUAUUAUUGUUCCUUUGAAAUAUAAGAAUGGAUUCAGAGAGAAGGCCGAAAACGAACCCGUUGCAGUGGUCAACAUUUUUGGACUUCGCGGAAGUCCAUCCAGAAAUUAUUACUAAGAAAUUCAACUGCUUGAACGGCAGAAAAAAGUAUGAGGAGAAAUGGAAAGAAAUUUCCAAUAUUCUUAAUAGCAUGGGGUAUCAGAGCAAACCCGUAGAAAAAUGGCAAAAGGCUGUUUCGGACUGGAGGUCCAAAGUUAAAAGCAAAGCAGCCACCAUCAAAAAAGAGAUGGGAAAAACAGGUGGAGGUGGUCCUUCCAGCAGUCUCAAUGAGAACGAGUUGAGACUGCUAGCAAUAAUUGGGGAAACCUCAAUUAGAGGCGUAACGCAGGAGGAAAUUGGAAUUAUUCCAGAAGAAAGAAACUUGCUAUCUUGUUCAUCAGAAGUUCCAGUUAAUGAAGGACAGAAGGAGCAGGUUUCGGUAAUUCCACCUCCACUUAUACCAUUAUCGAGUGCUGGUGGAGAAAAGAGGAUGGCAGAGGAUGUUCCCGAAAAUGAUUCAAAGAAAAGAAAAUGCAGGGAAAAGGAGAAUGACAUAAAGAGCUUGAAGAAACUGCAUGCAGAGUAGUUGGCGGCAAUGCAAGAAAUUUCAAAGCAUUUGGGUGCACUGGUAGAGACCACCAAAGUGUUAACCAAGACAAACCUUAGAUUAAUUGAGCUUCUGGAGAAAAAGAAAAGUUAGCCAUAAAUGUUCUAAUUAAAUAAAUUUUCUUUUAUCUUGUUGA